CGCACGAAGGUUAUUAGAAACCACGAGACUGGACUGAUUAACUAAGGGUGUUUAACUAUGUGCGUUUGAAUUAAAAAAUAAUUAAUUACUUACAGUUUAUUAUCGAGACAUCAGUUAAUUUAAAGAAAAAUCCACCAUGGAACUCGUUGAAAACAAAGAAAACUUAGAAAUAGGUGCUGGUGAUUGCAUCCAGUUAAAAAAGAAUAUUUUACUUGAACUCAAAACUGAUUCAAUUGAAGAAUAUGGGCCAAAUUUAAAACUCUUGCCUUCCAAUGAUCAAGUGAGAGAAUUACAAACUAUUCUUAGGGACAGGAACACUACUAGAAGUGAUUUCAAAUUUUAUGCCGAUAGACUUAUAAGACUUGUAAUUGAGGAGAGUCUUAAUCAGUUACCUUUUUCAAAAUGUACCAUCACUACUCCAACCGGGGCACAAUAUAAUGGUUUGAGAUAUGAACGUGGGAACUGUGGAGUGAGCAUUGUUCGAAGUGGUGAAGCCAUGGAGCAGGGUUUGAGAGACUGUUGUCGUUCUAUCAGAAUAGGUAAAAUUCUGGUAGAAUCAGAUGCUGAAACUCAUGAGGCUAGAGUAGUUUAUGCCAGAUUUCCAGAAGAUAUUGCUACAAGAAAAGUUCUCCUGAUGUACCCAAUUAUGAGUACAGGAAAUACUGUUAUAAAAGCUGUGAAUGUCUUAAAAGAACACCAUGUUUUGGAAGAAAACAUAAUUUUAUCUAACUUGUUUUGCACUCCAUUUGCUGCAAAAGCUAUUGUUCAAACAUUUCCUCAGAUGACUAUAUUGACUUCUGAACUUCAUCAUGUUGCACCUAAUCAUUUUGGCCAGAAAUAUUUUGGAACUGACUGAAAUUUUAAACAUUCUGUCCAGUGCUGCAUUGCAUUAUGUACCAAAAGAAGAAUAUUGGUAUGAUAGUUGUGUGAUGCCAGUUUUAUAUUUUUAAUCCAGUAUUUUUACAGGCUACAUAUUUGAGUGUGUUAUAAAUUUGUAUUUAGUGUUAUGUAAGUGUUCCUCUAUUUUUAUCCCUGAUAGGGUUUUUUGCUUUGAAAAUUCAAAAAGGCUAUUUGAAGCCACAUAUUAUAUGCGUCCAUGCGUUGGAGUCAUGAUAUGCAUUGUGGACGAAUAAUGUAAUGAUUGUUUAUAUCUAAACAAAAAAAAAUUGUUACUUGCCAUUCAAAUUGAGUUCUCAAUAUGUGCUUCUUGGUUUUACAAAUUAAGAAUUUAUUUAAAUAUUUAGUGAAUUAAUUUAAGAAACAGCGGUGUGGUUUUUAGUAAAAAUGGUGACGUUCCUACUGAAAACUUUCAUUUAAUCUGUGAUAUUUUUUUUUUGCUCUUCAAGUGAGCUACCA